AUGCGUUUCACUACGGUUGCCUUUUCCAUGAUCGUGUUUAUUGUAAUAUUUUCGAUAUUUGUUGCAAACCUGGCAAGUUUAAUCGGCAUUGAUAAACAGCUCAGCAACCGGCUCGACGCCGCCUCGAAAGAUGGCCAGCGCAGGCACAACAAGCGGUUGCUGUUGGACGAUAGCCACAAUCAUUUAAUGUGGUUUUUACAGGUUUCUGAUAUUCAUAUAAGCAUGUAUCUGGAUCCGGCUCGGGUACCGCAGCUGGUUGAGUUUUGUAAUCGCACCGUGGAUAUAAUUGCACCAGCCGUAGUACUAGCAUCGGGGGAUCUGACCGACGCAAAAACAUCAAACUUUCUUGGCUCCCAGCAACACGAACAAGAAUGGCGCUGGUACCACGAGGUGUUACGUGACACGAACGUGAUGAACAAAACGAUAUGGCUGGACAUACGCGGAAACCAUGACAAUUUCAAUGUUCCUGCGCUUCACGCGCGGCAGGAUAUGUUCACAAACUUUUCAGCGCAAGGAAAGCACCAUACGCGAUCGUACAUGCAUCAGCUUAUGGCCGGUGGAGAACGGUAUACCUUCAUAGCGGUGGAUGCUUGCUUGGAUCCGGGUCCGAAACGUCCCUUCAAUUUCGUAGGAAUGCUUUCACUCAACGAGACGCAGCAUUUGAUAAAUCUUGCCGAACGAUCAAGAGAACUUGACACGAACUACACCAUCUGGUUCGGGCACUAUCCUACAUCCUGUAUCCUCACGCCAGGGCUGGGAACCGGAGGUAUCCGUAACCUGAUCGGACGCUAUCGGGAAGCUUACGCGUAUCUUUCCGGACAUUUUCACACCCUCGGCGGUGCAGUGCCGCGGAUGUACGCGCUGCAAACGGAAGGUUUCCUCGAGCUUGAGCUAGGUGAUUGGAUGCGCAACCGACGGUAUCGGUUGGCCGCGUUUGACCACGGGCUGUUCUCGUUUGUCGACGUGCAUCACAACCAGUGGCCGGUGGUGCUGGUGACAAACCCAAAGGAUGCGUUAUUUAACAUGCCGGAAAAAGAAGAUCUUGCCUCGAUUGCCGAGUCUACGCAUAUCCGCUUGCUGGUGUUUUCACCGGCUAAAAUUACCGAAUGCCAGGUAAAAAUUAAUGGUGGCACCUGGCUGGACUGCAAACGUGUCAGCCGGGAGUUGUUCGUGGUGCCGUGGGAACCAUCGCAGUACAAGCGAGGACUCCAUAAACUGUCUGUCUACGUGCUGGAUGCAGACGGCAGGAGCCGUGUGAUGGAACAACAAUUUACUUUAGAUGGGUCUCGGUUGAGAUUCGAUUUUUUGGCAAAGCUGGUGCUAAUGUACGACACAAACAAAAUUUUUCAGGCAUUUUUUAGCGUGGCGUUAAUCAUUUACUUGGUGCCUUUGUGUGUAUUUCGAAUAUGGCACACACUCGUGCGGAGAGGAACCUUAAUGAAGCCACGUCUACGAACAUUAUGCUGCGGGAGCUGGAUUCGCAAAAUGUGGAUCCUUUCAACCGUGGAUCGUUUAAUGUUUCCCAUCGUGGGAUACUGUUUGUACCUAACAUGCGGACCAUGGUCCAUCGGAGAAGUCAUUGACGGCCACAUGGGGGUUGUAUUUGUGUGGGGUAUUUUUGUGAAUAAUGCCUUCCUCCCUGGUACAUUGACAUACUUGUACGGGUUUUUCCAAUUGAUGCUUUGUCAGCUGCCAUUAACCAUCAUCUUUGCUAACAACAUCGUCAGACGAUUUUAUCGUCGCGGCGGGGAAAAGAACUACGGUUGGAUGGUAGGACUUUGGAAAAAUUCUGCCUUUAUUUUGAUUAUGGCCGUGGAAGUUUUGUUGGCAGGAAUAUUUUGGAAUGCGUAUGGAUUGCUAGCUUUCAUUAUUACACCACUACGUGCCUGGUCGAUACUGUUGAAUUUGAUACUCUGGUACCAGUCACGUUACAUUCCAGAAAAAUGUCUUCGUUCUGCGUCAACCGUUUGGUCAUCCUCCGAACCUAAACUCUCAUCCCUAGCCCAUUGAGAAUGGCUGAAGCGUAGGAUAAUCAAACAAUUGAAAAGCAACAAAAAAGUUCAAACUGAAAUGUGAAGAAGUAUGAAUGUUUCGCAGGAUUUUUUCCUCUUUGUUCGUCUAGCAUUGAAGUCUGCAAGAAUAUGUUUGUAUUGUAAUUGAUUAUAGUUCAAAGAACAUUUUAGUAAAUGCACAUAAUGUUUCUUUGUUUAACAAGCUCUAGUCGUCGUUUUCAAGGUUCUAUAAGCAUUAUAUGAAGAAGAUGAACUGUAUUCGUCAAAAUAUUUGUACUGAAAAAUGAAAACAGUUAAAGGAUAGUGAUUCAAAGAAACGGAAAAGCAAACAUUUACAUAGUGAAAGCUAUAUUAUCCACCGUCACAUUACCAAAAAUAAAAAAAAAUUAAAGAUAAUAUAUCUGAUAUAUUUUGCAACUGAUACAAGCAAUAGCGUAUACCUGUUGUAAAAUGUGUGAAACCAAAGUGUAUAGCUGCUACAACAAGCAUAGAUGCUACUGACAAAUUUAUUUUAUAGGUGAUGUUGGUGGAGCGUAACAUAUUUGUAUAAAGUAUUAAAUUGUAACAAAUGUGUUUUUUCACUAUUACUAACAUUAUUGUACAUAUUUGAUACGAUGUUGUGAUAACAUAAUAAAAUGUAUAUGUGAAAAAACAAGGGUGUU